CAACAAUAAUCAGAAUAUCUAAAAUGGUUAAAGAAUCCGUCGCAGUCAUUGGUUCAGUUUACAGGGGUUCAGUUGCUGCUAGAAUCGCAGGUCAAAAUGCACUCGAGAAGACCGAUUUAUUCGAAAGAGACGUUCCAAUGUGGGUUUUCCAAGAGCAAGUUGAAGGCAGAAACCUCACAGACAUCAUCAACGAAAAACAUGAGAACGUUAAAUAUCUUCCAGGCGCAAAGUUCCCGGAGAACGUCAUCGCCAACCCAGAUUUGAUUGACACCGUUAAGAACGCUACUCUCCUCAUUAUUGUCAUCCCUCACCAAUUCUUACCAAAAACUCUCGCUGCCCUUAAGGGUAAGAUUAACCCAAAUGCCCGUGCUGUCUCACUUAUCAAGGGUGUUGAAGUUGUUGGUGCUGAUAUCAACAUCUUCGCUAAGGUUAUUGAACGUGAAUUGGGCAUCAGAUGUUCAGCCCUUUCAGGUGCCAACAUCGCUAACGAAAUCGCCCUUGAGAAGUUCUCUGAAACCUCCAUCGGUUACGCUGACAGAAAGGAUGGUGAAAUCUUCCAAAAACUCUUCGAUAGACCAUACUUCAGAGUCUCAAUCGUUGAGGAUGUUGAAGGUGUUUCCCUCUGUGGUGCUAUGAAGAACAUUGUCGCUAUCGCUUGUGGUUUCAACGAUGGUUUGCAAUGGGGUGACAACACUAAGGCUGCUAUCAUGAGAGUUGGUUUACUCGAAAUGAAGAGAUUCUGUCAAGAAUUUUUCCCAAGCUGCAAGGACGCAACGUUCGUUGAAGAAUCCGCAGGUGUUGCUGACUUGAUCACCACUUGCUUGGGUGGUAGAAACCGCAAGGUCGCUGCUGCUCACGCUGAAACUGGCAAGCCAUUCGAACAACUUGAACAGGAACUCCUCGGUGGUCAAAGAUUGCAAGGUACCGGUACCGCAAAGGAAAUCAACGAAUACCUCACCCACAAGGGUAAGGUUGAUGACUACCCACUCUUCAAGACCGUUUACGAAAUCGCUUUCGAAAACAAGCCAGCAAAGGAGCUCACCUCUAGACUCUAGAACGUUUUUAGUAAUUAUGAAUUUGUGAUUUUCUAUUUCAACUAAUCAUAGACUGC